GUUAAACAUUCCAACGUAAGUUUUUCAUUCUAGGCUGGAGAAUAUCGUUAACAGAGGAUAAAAUGCAACUAUGAUUCUGCUUAAUAUUCACAGGUCGUUUUAUACAUCGUGACGUUAUUCUCUUAGUGGUCGGUAUGGAUGAAGUAAUUCAGAAUGUUUCGUUUCGCUUUCCUUGCCGUGAGAAGAUAAUUCAUAAAUUGUAUCAGUACUACUGUACGGACGAUCCGUUUCCACCUGCACUGUACAUGUACGGCCAGACAUCGACUGGAAAAUGGUCGAUAGUCAAUGAAGUGCUGGAUGAAAUAUCCUAUUCUGGCCGGUGUAAAUAUGUUACACUGAACGCAAUCAGCAGCUACACGAACAAAAUCCUGUUCGAAACCAUUGCGAUGGGACUUAUGGACUAUGAACUUGGACCAGAAAAUGAUUACAAAUAUUGUCGAAAGCUUGAGUACAUGAAGGAUUUCCUGGCUGAGCUGCAGUUGCUCGAUCCGUUAGUCUCGUACAUCAUUGCCAUUAAAAACGCCGAGCGUCUUCGAGAUAUGCGGCACAAUAUAUUGCCAAUGUUUCUGCAGCUUCCUGAAGCCACCGGACUCAACAUUUCUGUGGUGCUAAUUUCAUAUCUUCCGUUUGAAAAGUUCUUUACCAAAACGGGUUUGCCACCUGUUGUGAAGCUUUUUGUUCCUGAGUACACUCGCGAUGAAAUGCAGCGUAUUUUGCUGAAUGAUUUCAACGAGAUAAUACAAGAGAUCACCACAUCUUAUCGUACGGAUGAUACUACAGAGGUACAGCCUACUGCAGCGCUGACUGAGUAUUUCUACAAAAACUACAUCAGUAUCUUUCUCGGCACUUUCUGGAAAGUGUGCCGCGAUGCCAAAGAGCUACGCUUGGUAGCAAAAGAGUGCUUCAAACCUUAUUACGCCCCGGUCCUGGAUGGCACUAUUGACGCGCACGACUCAAUGAAGCUGUGGCACAACAUAUCGAAGGUAAUGAAGACGUCUCUCGGCAUUAUCUACAUGCGAAUCGGGACGGUCAAGCCCACCGAAGGCCAGCAGGGGCUCGCACAGAACAUUGAGCUUCCUUACUACGCCAAAUACCUGCUGAUUGCCGCCUAUCUGGCCAGCCAUAACGCUGCUAAAGAGGAUCGCCGUUUGUUCAUGAAAAACCACGGCAAGCAAAAGAAACGCCUCCAGUCGGUUAAGGCACGCGCGAAGGUGUCGGAAAAGAUGGCUACGCAAUUGGGACCGAAAACGUUCAACAUCGAUCGUUUGCUGGCGAUUUUCUAUGCCAUUCUGGACGAAAAGGUGGGCCUAACAUGCAAUUUGUUGGCGCAAAUAUCCACGCUGGUGCAUCUCAAGUUUCUAACGUUUACCUCAACCGACGCCGGCGUGCUUGAUGGUUCGGCACGUCUUCAGUGCACGGUCGGAAUGGACUUCAUACUACAGAUUGGCCGCAUGGUGGGCUUCAAUGUACGGCAGUAUUUGUGUGAUUUCUUUUAA